GUGAAUUCAUCUAGCUAGUCAGGGUGGUGGCUAAAAGCUCUUUGACUGACUACUUGUCCUCACUUUGAAGCAGAUUUGUGAUAAAGUGAGAGACCAGCCAUGGUGGGGAAGAUGAGAACCCUGCUCUUCAUUCUCUAUGCUUUCUGGGGAACAGCUCAUGCCAUCUCUGUGGUAACACCCACCAAGGUCUUACGAGUGGCCCGAGGUUCAUCUGCAACACUACCAUGUUUUUAUAUGACAACAGUUCCUGGACGAGAUGGAUUCAUCCAAUGGGAUAAGCCUCUAACAACUCCUCCAGAUUCAGUAGUUAUAUGGUCCUUCUCCUCAAAAGAGUACACCUUUGGAACCCGCUACACAAAUCGAGUCAAUAUGACUGGCAAUUAUUUGAAAGAUGAAGCUUCUAUCACCAUUGACCAGCUGACCAUGGAUGACAAUGGGACCUAUGAAUGCCAAAUGAUGCUCAAUGGAGAUUUGGAUGGUAACCGGCAAUCAAGGAUGGAUGUCCUUGUUCUGGUGGCACCCUCUAAACCAGACUGUGGCAUUGAAGGGGAAACUGUGUAUGGAAAUGACAUCAAGCUAACAUGCCAAUCCAAAGAGGGGUCCCCAGUCCCCCAGUACAGCUGGAAGAGAUUUGACACGGAGAACAAGGAACGGCCACUCUCACCACCAGCCACAGGAACGACCCUGCUUUUGAAAAACAUUUCUGCAGAUACUACUGGCUUUUACAUCUGCACUUCUACCAAUGAAGUUGGGACUCAGUUCUGUAAUAUCACCGUUGCUAUCAGGCCUCCCUCAAUGAAUAUCGCCCUGUAUGCUGGGAUUGCAGGAGGUGUGGUUGCUGCCCUCAUCAUCAUUGGCAUCAUUGCAUAUUGUUGCUGCUGUAAGGGCAACAAGGAGAAAGACAGAGAGAGGCCGAAUCGAGAGGACUAUCAAGAACCUUCAGAGAAGAGAGAAAUGCGAAGAAGGAAUGAUGAUGAGGAAGAAGGCAGGAAUCAGGACAGGUGGAGUUCUGGGGAGGGUUCCCCUACGCCCAGUACCCGGUGACCAGAGCUGCCUAAUAUUCCAAAUGGAAGAGGGGAGGAAGAAGGGGGAGAAAGACCAGAAAGAUCCCACUUUGAAUAGUCUCCCUUAGUACUCCCAGAGCAGAGUUUCCCAUCACAUUGUCAGCUCUGUUUAUACAAUGCUUCCUCUCCUUCACUCACGGUCAAGCCUUGCUGAGAAAAUGCUUAGCUUGGGUAUGGUCAGCCUGAACUUCUUGGCUAACUCCUGUGACCUUGUGUGUAUUCCAUAAGAAGAGCCCAGAAGGGGAAGUGUUCAUGGAAGUCAGAUUUUCUUCCACACGCAGGUCUCCUCAAGUUCACAUACAUCUGAGUUCACAUACAUUGGCAUCUCCCUGCAACCACAUUUCUGGUCUUUCAUGUAACUGGAAGCCCUUUUCCCUUGAACUCAUUAGAAAUGAUCUACUUUUUUAAAACCCCACAAAACAAUCCUGGGACUUGAGUGCAGCCAGUCCUGGGUGUAUGCGUCAUCCAUCCUCAGUGCUGCCUCUCAAGCCUUGGGGAACAGAAUUGAUUAUCCAUUUGUGCAAGUUGGCUAAACAUUUCAACUGCAUGGGCUCUCAUUAGCUGAUAUCUGCAGAAUGAAAUAGCUGCAACGGGUGAUCUCGAAGGUCUCUUCAGCUAUGACAUUCUAUGGUUCUACUCUACUCUCUCAAUCCCACUUUGAGGAAAAUGAUUGAGUCCUAAGAAUAAAUCAUAUUUAACUCCAUUCCUGCUCUUUUGUUGGUAUUACAUUUCCCUCACACCCAUCAUAUCCUCCUCUUCCCUCUUCCCAUCUCUAAGGUAUCUCUAGCAUUUCUUAGGUUGUAAGCUCUUAGAGAGCAGGGGUUACACAACUAUACAAAAUUUAGAGCAGCCAGGAUUUGGUGCUGAAAGACAGGCAUUUUGAUGCUAAUUACCAGUGACAGUGAGGCAUUUCUGCAUUUCUCUAUAUACUAAAAAGCAGUUUUGUGAUUUAUAAACUUUAAAAAUGAAUAAAACAAAAUAUAAU